AUGAAGGAGCACAUCGUCUCGUUGAUUCUUUCAAUUUCGCUGGUCAUUUCGUUUGUCUGCCUCAACAAAAGCGUAAAGAACAAUUACAGGACGUUCAGAAGCUUCAUUACCUUGUUCUGCUCGGCCGCAUCAGCGAUGCUCAACGCAAUCUUAAUAGAAAAAAAAGACGACCACGGCAUCAUUUACACCAUCACCAUCUCGCUGGUCGUUGCGCUGUGCGACUUUGUCAUACUCUACUGCACGAUGGAGUCGCUGAAGAUACACUCAAUCGCAUUUAUGUUGCUCGUGUUCAUCAGCUUUUGCAUAGGAACGUUCAUCUUUGACCGGCACGUUUCCCUCAUGGCGGUGACGAUCAACUCGGUGAUGAUCGUUGUUUUGUUCAUGUUUGAGCUGUUUGAGUACAACGGUGUGCAGCUGAACGGAGCAGACCUGGAGAUCACGUUUCAGAAGCCGUAUAUGUCCCUGCUGUUCAUAUCGAUCAUAACGUUCGGGUUCAGAAUCGUUCUUGUGUAUAGAUUAUCGAACUUGAUAGCCGACCGACCGUUUUUCUCGUUCUUCCACAGCCUCUUCCUCAUGGUAUUUGCACUGAUCGAGGCAGCUUACGAUUCAUGGACGGACGUAAAGAUCUUCUACAGCGAGGCCAGUCGCUAUUGGCUGAUCAUCGUGGGGUCGUUCCUUCUGCUACCUGCCGUAUUCGUCAGCUCGCAGAACAUGAAAUGGAUCAGAAAGGAAACAUUCAUGCUUUCCUCAGCGACCUCCGUUGUUGUCAUCACGUGUUUUUACUUCGCAGCCGAUUGCAACGACGUAUUCGGUAAAAAUAGGUUAGAAAUUGUAGGUACCUGGUUCUAUGCCUGCCUCCUGCUCAUUUUUACGUUUAAUGUGUUUGUCCUGCUGUUUUUUAGAAGAAGAGAUGAGAGUCGGGCCGCAAUCGUGUCAAAUGUGGAAACUAUCGGGGCUGAUACGCCUCCGCCAGCUGAUGCACCGUCUCCAGCCGAUACGCAGCCAGCUGCCGAUGUAGCGCCCUCAGAGGAGCAACCACUGCCAUAA